AUGGCGGCGAUCGGGCCGAGCGCGCCCGCGGAGCAGGCCCCGGGGCCCGAGGCGGAGGCGGAGGCGGGCCUCUCGGGGUCGCCGCCGUCCCCGCCGGGGCCCGCGCUGCCCCUGCAGCGGGAGCCGCUCUACAACUGGCAGGCCACCAAGGCGUCGCUGAAGGAGCGCUUCGCCUUCCUCUUCAACUCCGAGCUGCUCAGCGACGUGCGCUUCGUGCUGGGCAAAGGCCGCGGCCCCGCCGCCGCCGCCGGGGGCCCGCAGCGCAUCCCCGCGCACCGCUUCGUGCUGGCGGCCGGCAGCGCCGUCUUCGACGCCAUGUUCAACGGCGGCAUGGCCACCACGUCGGCCGAGAUCGAGCUGCCCGACGUGGAGCCCGCCGCCUUCCUGGCGCUGCUCAGAUUUCUAUAUUCAGAUGAAGUUCAGAUUGGCCCCGAAACAGUUAUGACCACUCUUUAUACUGCUAAGAAGUACGCAGUCCCAGCCCUGGAGGCACAUUGUGUGGAAUUCCUUACCAAACAUCUCCGAGCAGAUAACGCCUUCAUGCUUCUUACGCAGGCUCGAUUAUUUGAUGAGCCUCAACUCGCCAGCCUUUGCCUAGACACAAUCGACAAAAGCACAGUGGAUGCAAUAAGCGCAGAAGGGUUUACUGAUAUUGAUAUAGGCCCUGCUCAAUCUGGAAUUCUGUCAGAUCGUGAAGUGGUCACUCUCUUUCUUCAUUUUACUGUCAACCCUAAACCCCGAGUUGAGUACAUUGACCGACCAAGAUGCUGCCUCCGAGGGAAAGAAUGCAGCAUCAACAGAUUCCAGCAGGUGGAGAGUCGCUGGGGCUACAGUGGGACGAGCGACCGGAUCAGGUUCACAGUUAAUAGAAGAAUUUCUAUAGUUGGAUUUGGUUUAUAUGGAUCGAUUCAUGGUCCCACGGAUUAUCAAGUGAACAUACAGAUAAUUGAAUAUGAAAAAAAGCAAACCUUGGGACAAAACGAUACUGGAUUUAGUUGUGAUGGGACCUCUAACACGUUCAGGGUCAUGUUCAAAGACCCAAUAGAGAUCCUACCCAACGUGUGCUACACGGCAUGUGCAACACUCAAAGGUCCGGACUCCCACUAUGGCACCAAAGGACUGAAGAAAGUAGUACAUGAAACGCCUACUGCGAGCAAGACUGUGUUUUUCUUUUUCAGCUCCCCUGGCAAUAAUAAUGGCACUUCAAUAGAAGAUGGACAAAUACCAGAAAUCAUAUUUUACAUAUAAUUUACCAUUGUCAUACGUUGUGGCUCAACAGUACCAUUCAGCCUAGUCUCAGAGACAGAAGUAACUGGCUACAAGUAUUAGUUUGGAGUGCUAUGAAUAUUUAUAACAUCAGAAACAGUUUCUCAGCUAGAAAAAUAUUGAUUUAAUCUGCAUGAUCUAAAGGCAGAUUUCUCAUUUUCUGAUAACUUAGGGGUUAAAAAAACUGAGUUGAAUUGUUUUAAAAAUUCAGCUCUUUCGGCUCAUAUAUUUCAUAGAUCAGCUGAUGAGGGAAUCUUUCAAUAGUUUUGUAAUUGAAAGAUCCUUGUUCUACGUAACUAGUUUUUUUUUUUUGUCAACACUAUUCCGAAGGCGAGAUGAAAUGAGUUGGGUCGGUGCUCCUAAGGAAUCUCUGUUGGCUCAAACAGCUAACUGGAAAACUUUAAAAACUGACUAUAUGUUUGGGGUUUGAAAGGAUUCAAGAACUGUAGGGAAACAUUCUAGUUUAGCAUUUGAAAUAGUACUAAACGUAGGAAUAAUAAACACAUCCACCAGGAAAAAUUUCCAAGGCAUUUCCAGGAAAGGCUAUUUUGCAACAGUGGAUUUUGUAACACUUCACAGAAAGGUGAUAAAAGCGAAAGCUCUCAAGGUGUGAUCUAAGACUGGACCCCUCAGCACCAAGUGGCGCCACAAUCUUUACCUGUCACUGGGGGCUGCGGAAGAGCCCCAGGCUGUGAGACAGGACACCGAGGGGGUGAACAGACAGUCCUUCAGCAUUGUAUGGAUAAGUCUACACAGCAAACGAUGGAAUAAAAUACUGGCGUAUUUCCGACAA